UUCCAUCUCACGUCCCAAUAUUUUACUGCUCCAUGGAUUAGCCAUUUAGCCUAUAUAACCCAGCUGCUGUGCACGGCAAAUUUCUCAUCCAAGCAGCAACCGAGCAAGGAAGCAAAGCACACAGUUCAGCACAAGUAAAAUAGCACAAGCAAAAUGGAUCAGGCAGCAGCAGCAGCAGCAUCUGGCUCUCGCUCCCGUGUCCUGUCUGAAAUCGACCCCCACAGCGAAUGGAUUCACGGUGACGAGUUCGACACGCUCGUCCUCGACGUUACAGGGUUCAGCAAGGACCAUCUCAAGGUCCAGGUGGAGGCGUCGGGGAGCCUCAGGAUCAGCGGCGAGCGCGCCGUCAACGGCGGCGGCCGCCAUUGGCUCCACUUCCUCAAGCGCUUCGACCUCCCUCCCGGCGCCGCCGACGACGCGUCGGCGAUCAAGGUCCAGCUCGACAAGGGCGUCCUCUACGUCCAGGUGCCCGGCCCCGGCGCUCCCGCCGCCGCCGGCGGCAGCGACGGCGAGCAGCAGCAGCAGCAGGAGGGAGAGAUCGCCGGCGGCCGCCGCCGCGCGGCGGCGGCGAGGCGCGGCGGGCACCCGGCGUGGCAGCUCGCCGGGGCGCUGAGCCGGCACCGGCAGGUCGUCCUCAACGUCGUGAUCGCCGUCGUCUUGCUCUGGCUCGUCACGUUCGCCAACAAACUGACCAAGAACGAGUGAUACAAACCGCGUCACCCUAUGUGCAAACACAAUCGCUGCAUAACAUGGUAUAUACCAACAAGAUAUGGAUACUUUCCAGUGUGGACGAGGAUAAAUAAUGGAAUAAAAUCCCUGUAAUAAGCAUAAUUGGGAAGCUCAGGAUAUUGAUUAACUGUGCUGAUAAUUUCUGCGCUGAACUUUCA